AUGGAAUUAAAGGAAAGUGACUCACCCGUGGUAGUACCCCCUCGUAAGGUACCUUUUGCCCUAAAAGCUCGACUGAAGAAUGAACUGGACCACAUGGAACAACUGGGUAUAAUUGAAAAAGUCGAAAAAUCUACAGACUGGGUAAAUGCUUUGGUUGUCGUCAAAAAGCCCAAUGGAAAAUUACGCAUUUGCCUUGAUCCCUGUCCCUUAAAUCAGGCUAUAAAACGCCAGCAUUAUCGAUUACCCACCACAGAAGAAAUAACAUCUCAAAUGAGUGGCGCCAAAGCCUUCAGUAAACUCGAUGCAAGUAAUGGAUAUUGGCAGAUAGCAGUAGAUGAUUCAACCUCUGACCUCCUUACCUUUGGCACAGCGUUCGGGCGAUACAGGUUUAAGAGAAUGCGAUAUAGGAUUCACUCAGCUAGUGAGAUUUUCCUACUUCAAAUCUCCAAGAUUAUUGCGGGCUGCGAAGGUUGUGCCAACUCUCAGGAUGAUAUGAUUGUUUGGGGAGAAACUAAAGAAAUCCAUGAUCAGCGCUUACAGAAAGUCCUUGCUCUGAUCAAAGAAAGUGGACUGAAAUUGAACAGGCAAAAUGCAUCUUUGGUGCAACUGAAUUAA